AUGACUACGUGUUCGUCUGGACAUGCUGGGCCCGAGUAUUCAUCACACCAGACAGAGGUGGAGCACGCCUUUGAGAAGCUCGUCCGGAUAGUCAGCAAAGUCAAAUGCGACGAGGGGAAACCGUUCUGUCGGCGGUGCUGUCGCCUGGGCAGGCGAUGCGAGUAUAGAAAUGAUGGAGAUAGAACUAGAGAUGGAGAUGGAAGUGGGAGUGGAAAUGGAACCGCCCAGACUCCAGCCCCUUUAGUUUCAGAGUCUUUUGAUUCAGGGCCUUUUGAUUCAGAGCCGACGCAAAUCCAGCGCCAGACGCUUUCAUCGCUGGAACGAUCCGCAGAGGAGCGGCGAGCAUUCGAGUUCUACUUUCGCCAGGCUGCCCCUGGGAUCUCGGGCGUCGUCGACAUGGCAUUCUGGCGCGGGAUUGUUCUGCAGCUGGGCCAAACGCAGCCGGCCAUCUGGGACGCGAUUAUCACGAUCGGCACGCUAUAUGAGAACCCCCGGUACCGGAAUAACGCGCACACACAUUCCAACCUCAUAGACCAGUCCACUGUCGACGACACGCAUCGGCGAGCACUCCGGUGGUAUGCGAGAUCGCUGUCGAACGUGCGCGAGCAGCUCCAACGGGGCGCCGUGGAUCUCCAUGUUGCCUUAAUUACGUGCCUGCUAUACAUUGGCAUCGAGACGAUGCAAGGGCAUAUCAAGGAGGGGUAUCAACUGUAUGGCCAAGGCGUCAAGCUGGUGUCUCAGAUACACGCGCGAAACCAGAGCAGCAACGCGAAUAACUUUGGACUUCUCGGAGAUGUCGCAUUGCCGGUGUUUGUGCGAAUGGGCAUUGUGUCGUCAAUCAUGACGGGCCUGUCGCUGGGGGUCAAGUCGGAGAGCGGGUUUGUUAUAGACGAGCCGUACCACUUUGACAGCGUAUACGAUGCGUACAUGUCCCUGCACAAGCUUGUGCUGCAUUGCACGACAUUUGCCGAAGGGGUAUUUAGGAGACUGCUCAGGUCGGACGAGGAGGAUACGAGCAAGCGGGUGGCACAGAUACUUUUACAUUCACGACUCGACGACUGGCGGCGAGCCUAUCAAAGGCUAGACGAUGCGCAAGGGCUGAGCCGGUCUACAGAAUACAAAGGGCUGGCAGCGUUGUUUCGGAUGUCUUGGGCGUGUGCGUCAAUUAUUGUCAGCACGGCGGACAGCAAGGAACAAAACAUCUACGACCAGUACAUUGACUUGUUUGAAGAAAUGGUGCAGGAAGGGGCACUCAACCUGACAGCGACGGCGACGGCAGACGGCAGCCAGCCGGGGUUUACCUUUGAGAUGGGAGUCGGACUGCCUUUAUUCUUUGUGGCUAUAAAAUGCCGGCAGCCGCGCUUGCGACGCGAGGCGAUCCGACUCCUGCAGCAGGCACCGCCAAUGCAGGGACUGUUCAAAAGCGCACGAGCGGUCUAUCUUGCAUCCAAGGUGGUCGAGCUCGAGGAAGACCGGCCAUUCACGCUCGACCUGGCAGCAGAGAAUGAUCAGCAGCUACCGGCCGAGAACCGGCGGGUCGAGAUCCUGCUAUCUGUUGGGGAUCCGCUUCCCAAGGACAGAAUUUGUUUUCUCCGGAGUCACUGGGACAGCGAGCGCGGAGAGUGGCGUUUGGUGGAGGAAUCCAUUGAGCUGGAGGAGUGA